CCGCGUGUGCUGCGUCACGGACAGAGCCCGUCCCCUCGCAGCCGGCCCUCAGGGCGGGCCGCGCUCCCGCCGGCCGCGCGGGGCGGGGCGGGGCGGCGCGGCCAUGUCGGCAUCGCUGCUGCGCCGCGGCCUGGAGCUGCUGGAGCCGCCGGGCCGGGCGAAGGCGCCGCCGGGACUCCAGCGAGGCCGGGCCGGCCCCAGGGCGGCGGGCGCGGCGAGGCGGAGGAAGAGGGCCCCGGAGCCCGGCAGGAGCAAGACCACGGUGAAGGGCAGGGUGGUGAAGUCGGCGAUAGAGGAGUACCAUAAGAAAAAGCCUGUGAAUCACUUGAGAGAAAACCUGCAGUACAUGCUAAAGGGACGACGUGUUGCAGACAAAGCCGUCACAGAACAAGUUCUUGCUCAGAACAGAGGCAGGAAGUCCAAAGAUCAGCCUCCAGAGAAGAGAGAAAAGAAGAAGCCAGAAGGCACUGUGUUUACUGAGGAAGAUUUCCGUAAAUUUGAGAGGGAAUACUUUGGGAUCCCAUAAACAUCGUGACAGGGAUUCUUGCAGCUCCAGUCUUUCUGCAGCUUCUCCAGUCUGGCUCUCAGGCCUGGGCAUUUCCAUGGCACAUGGGGGAUGUGCCUCUGUGUUGGACUUGCAGAGCAGCUCUGCAUGUGGGCAGAGCUUGUCACUGGCCAGCUAAAGCCACAGAGGUGCUCUUGACUCUGAGGUGUGUUAUCCUUAUAAUUAUCUUCCUGCAGCCAGCAUGUCGUGCAUUCUUGAUGUAGAAGGGUGGACCAAGCCAAAUAAAAACCUUUUUCCCCCUUCCACAGGAUAUAAGGCUCCUGCUACCUGUGUUACUUGGCCAGGAGUAUUGAAAGUACUGUAUCUGAAUGGAGAAAUGUUUUGAACCAGCAUUAAGAAGGGAAGGAUGCUUUGAAAGACUGUUAAACUUGAGUAACCCUGCAGUUUGGGUUCUGAUUACAGCCCCUGUCAGGUCUGUCAGUCAUUGCAAAAACUUUUUAUAAGUCAUUUGAUUAAAUACUUGUUGCAGA